AUGUCUCACCUUACAACACUGUCGAUUGAAUGGGGAUGUGAAAACUCAACUCUACCAAUGACUUUAGCCAAGUCAUUAGAACAAAUUGGUGGAACCUUGAAAAGUUUAGAUCUUUCAUUUACCGUAAAUCGAAAUAAUAUUUUCUUACCAGAUUCAUUGGCUUCUGUAUUUCCUCGACUAACUACUUUGAAAUAUUUAACAAUAUGUGGUUUUGGACUAAGUCAACUAUUACUCCAGUCGAUAGGUGAAAUAAAAAAUUUGACUGAUUUAAAAUUAUUGUAUCGUUGGCAGAAACAUCAUCCAAUGAUGGAUUUAAGAAUCAAUAUGUAUCCAAUUGGGUAUUUGAAAAAUCUCGAGAAGUUACAUAUAUUUUGUGAUUAUGGUGUUAGAGAUGAAUUUUUGAUUAAUCUUUGUAAUAAUGCUAAAAAAUUAAAGGAUUUACAAAUAGUUGGCACAAACAUAACUGAUAUUGGUAUGAGUGCAAUUGAUAAUUUACAAGAACUAGAAUUUUUCUAUCUUGUAUGCCAAAAUUGGAAGAACGGGUUUCUCACUUCAUGCUUCACAAAAUAUACAUUUGAAAACAAUAAAAAUGUAUCACUUAAUGAAUUAUAUGAAACAGCAAAUGAUCCGGAGUACCUAAUUAAUCUCUGUGGAACUUAUUUAACGCAUCUAGAUGUAAGAGGUUAUCCUCUUUCUCAAAUAAUGCCAAUAAUCAAUGCUAAUUGUCCAAAUCUUGAGACCCUUUAUUCAGGAUUCAAAGAAAUAAUGAGUCAAGAUUUUGAAAAUGUUUUUUCUAAUAUGUCUCACCUUAGAAAACUGUUUAUUGAAUGGGAAUGUGAAAACUCAACUCUACCAAUGACUUUAGUCAAGUCAUUAAAACAAAUUGGUGGAACCUUGGAAUCUUUAGAACUUUCAUGUCCUUUGGACAGAUAUGAUAUUUUCUUACCAGAUUCAUUGGCUUCAGUAUUUCCUCGACUGAUUGCUUUGGAAUUUUUAUGUAUACGUCAUCUUGGACUGAGUCAACUAUUACUCCAGUCGAUAGGUGAAAUGAAAAAUUUGGUUGAUCUCAGAUUAAUGUUUGCUGGGGAGAAAGAUCAUCCAAUGUUUGAUAAAAAAGUCAAUAUGUAUCCAAUUGGGAAUUUGAAAAAUCUCGAGAAGUUAUAUAUUCUCUAUGAUUAUGGUGUUACAGAUGAAUUUUUGAUUAAUCUUUGUAAUAAUGCUAAAAAAUUAGAGGACUUACAUAUAAUUGGCAUAAAUAUAACUGAUAUUGGUAUGAGUGCAAUUGAUAAUUUACAAGAAUUAAAAUUUUUCUUUCUUGGUUUAUGUAUCUUGGGUUCGCAAUCAGAAAAAAAUGAAUAUAUCACUGAUGAAUCAAUUCAAUGUUUAUUCAAUCAAAAAUUGAUCUCCUUGGAUAUAUCAAAUUGCAUUAAUGUCACUGAUAAAGGGGUAAUUAAACUCGUUAAAAAUUUACCAACUUUGGAUACCUUAUCCAUUAGAAAUACAAAGUCUAGAGUUAGAUAA